ACGUAGCAUGGGUAAUAAACCAGAGGAGUCAGAGAGCCGUCGCCAUGCAGAGUGCCAGUGGGCGAUGGAGAGAGCAGCCAUUAUUUGCCGUUGGACGUGGUUGCAGGCUCAAAUCGCUGAUUUGGAAUAUCGGAUAAGACAGCAAACUGAUAUCUACAGGCGACUUCGUGCCGCCAAGGGCCCAGUAGUCCUUGGUGGUGACUGGCAGCCUGGAGACCUAAUGAAGAAGCAGGGCCGGUUGGGUUCUGUGUCACUGGUGACCUCCAAAGAGAAUAAGUGGCUCUCGCCUUCAUCUUCUGCCCCAAGGUGCCCUCUAGGAGAUGCUGUUCCUUCCAGUUUCCCAUACAAUGUGCAGAAGCAG